GGCCCCGGCGCCGUGACGCCCCUCCACGCCGCAGCGCGGGGUGGGCACCGCGAGCUGCUGGCGCUCCUGGCCAGCCGCGGGGCGCGGGCCGAGGCGGCCGACGGCAGCGGCCGGCGGGCCGUCCACGAGGCUGCGGCGCGCGGCCACGCCGCCGCGCUCGGGGCGCUGCUGGAGCUGGGGGCGUGCGCCGACGGGGAGGCCGUGGGCGAGGAGCGGCCGCUGACGCUCGCCGUGCGCGGCGGCCACGAUGCGUGCGCGGCGCUGCUCGCCGCGGCCUGCGAGGCUCGGGCCUUGUGGGCCCAGGGCCGCAGGCACCGCCUCGCCGAUCGGGGCGCGGAGGCCGCUCGCUGCUUCGCGCGCGCGGGGGAGCUCUGCGCCCGGGCGGGCCUGCCGCG